AUGCCCGUGUUCUUCGCGGUUUACCGGAUAUUUUUUUCUGCAGUUUUGUUGAAGAUCACUCCGCGACCCACACACUGCAGCGCUGUCGUUCAUGCCACUGGUUUAUUAUUCCCAUUCGCCAUCACUCACCGCUGUCACGAAAUGGACUCAUGCUAGCCACAAGUUCUGACUGAGCUCAAUCGUCAUGAAACGCAAAUACAGUGAUUACUUUUUGUCUCAUUCAUACAAACUUUGAGAAAUAACGAGGAGCGCCCACAAUGUGUUUUGUGUGGGGAAGUGCUUAGAAUUGAGUCUCUCAUAACGAACAAAUUAAUAAAACGACACCACCAAACAUCCAGGCACAACAUGACGGUAAACCCAGGUAGUUCUUUCAGAACAGGGCAGAAUGCUUCAGGAAACAGUCCUUCGAUUUUUUGCAAGAUCAGUUGUCUUGAACAAACUGAUGUUGGAAGUAGGACACUUCCGAGUUGAUUUGAACGCGGCAUAAGAACGGCGUCGCUGUAUCUCUCUAAUGUCAUCAUCUCUUUGUGGCAAGCUAUGGACACUGAAAAGAGCUCCAAUAUGGUGAAGGAGUUUGAGAGUGUGGAGCUGGGAGACAUGGGGAUGAAGAAGCAGAAGGUGCCCCGUAGAACGAUUUACUUUGCCAGUGGCGAGACCAUGGAGGAAUACAGCACAGAUGAAGAUGAGGAAGUGCAAGUUUCUAUCGCUGUUAAGACCUCAGCUGACCCGUCCAAGUUGAAUUGGGGUCCAUACUUUUGGUUUCACAUUUGGAGAGUGGCAACCUCCACUAUUUCAGUUUGUGACUAUCUUGGGGAGAGAAUGGCCUCAUUGUUCGGAAUUACCUCACCCAAGUACCAGUAUGCUAUUGACGAGUACUACAGAAUGAAAAAGGAGGAGGAUGAGGAGGAGGAGGAAAACCGGCUGUCUGAGGAGGCAGAACGUCGUUUUGAGGAGGAGCACAACCAGGAGAUCCAGCAGCCAGCCAUGGAGCAGCCGGAGGGCAAAGCCUCCUUCGUCAGCUUCGAGCUGGAUCAAGAUCCCACACCUGAUGCCAACAGAUGUCCUGCCCCCAUCCCCACCUAACAGUUCAAUUAAAUAGGUGUUUUCAUUUUUCUCAUUUCCCGAUGUUGCCUGCUCAGACUUUUUUUUUUUGCUACAGCAUAGAAUUCUUAUUUUUAUCAUAUUGAUUUAAUGAUGUAUCCUCAAAAAAAAUUCAAUGUAGUUUUCUUAUUUUUGCCUAAAUUAUCAUGUUCUAUGUAAGUCAUGGAUUUAAAAAAAAAAAUAUAUAUAUAUAAUUUUUUUUGUUGCUGCGUUGUAAAUAUGCAUGAACUUUUGUGUGCAAUGAACAUUGCUGUGCUGUGUGUCAGUGACAAUGAAUGAGCACACGGAUGAUAUCUGAUGCUGAUUUUAACUAUUUGCAGGUUUAAGAAAGGUCUGAUUUAUUUUUUCAGGUACAUAACAUUGUUACACAAUAAGUUAGCAGCUAUUUUCAGCCAGUUAGCGGCGAUAUAAGUUACCUUUUUCUAAAACCAUUCCAGAUGUGCACAAUGUUAUAGGAAUAGUACAGAUUUAUUUGAAUGGAAAAUUAUUUAUAUUCAUGGCCAACCAUGAAAAUCUAUUUUCAUUUCAGAAUGCCCACAAUUAUGUUACUGUGUUACUAUGAGAAGUUAUGCACAGUGCUUUUCAGAGUCCAUCAAUUUAAUUACAUUACAAUUUAAUAACUUCACACGUUGCUCAUUGGCAUCUGUGCGAAGACUUUAGACAUUACUGUUGUCCAGGGCCGUAUAUUAGAAAUACAGUGAGCUCCAAAAGUAUUGGGACAGUGAUUAUUUGUUGUUUUGGCUCUGUACUCCAGCACUUGGAAAUUGAAAUUAUACAAUGACUGACUUUUUGUACAUGGUCCCCUAAAAUGCGGGAACUAAAAGUAUUGGAACAAAUUCACCAAUGUAUUUGGUCCGAUAUUCCUAACACAAUUUGGGCACAAAAUAAUCUGAAACACAAACAAAACAGCAAAUGACUCCAACGAGUUUGUAGAGUCAUACGCUUGAUGUAAUCAUUAUGUGCUAAGAAUAUGGGACCAAAUAAACUUUUGACAACUUUGAA